CACAACGCGACGACGCGUAAAGAGAUCAGAAUGCUGCCGCUGACGCCGGAUGGUCCCACGUCGUACGGUGUCCGUGUCAAGCCACCGAGUGCGCGCUUGGCAACGCUUAUGCGGCAGUUGGACCUACUCCUCGGUCUUGUCGUCGUUUUACUUGUUGCGAUCGACACCGUCACCAACAACUGGGCCCUCAACGACUAUAUCGGUGACGCAUACGCGUUCUUGACACCCAUCGCGGCGGUCUCGCACGCGGUGGAUCUCGAGGCCCAGUACAGCUUUCCAAGCACGAGUGGAUUGGACGACUUGUCCAAAAUCGGGUUUUGGAUGGUCAACUACACCGUGCACGCGAUGGUGACCAAGAGCUCGGAUCUCUACUUCAUCUCGGUCGGGUCGUUUCCGCUCUCGACUAGCAUCGACCAGUGCGAGCUUCUAGUGGCCACGUACCCCUUUGACAUUGCUGCGUCGUCGACCGCAUACCUCGGUGUCGCUUCCAACACGGUGACGUACUACAAGGGCAGUGCGCUCUCCCACCUCUUCACAACCGAGAUGAUGGCCAAUGCGAGUAUGCAAGACGAUGUGCUUCAGAGCCUCGGGUACGCACCGGGUCGCACGGGCACCGACCUGCGUCUCACCACUGGUAUUCCGAUCGCCAACCAUUCGCGCCUCCAGCCGUCCCGCAUUGAUUUUUUCAAGCUGUUUCCAAAGAGCUUUUGUACCGGGUGCAGUCCAGUUCCAGAGCUCGGAUUUGGCCAUUGUCGCGCGACCAUGCUGUACGACGACAUGGCCAAGACGCUCCAGAUUGUCAGCAGCGUCAACGACGUCGGGUCCGUCUACAAGGUCGGCUUGUUGUUGCCGCAGUCGGCGUUUUCGUCGGCGUCCCAUUACAUCAAAGCCAUGGCGAUCGUGUUUGCAGUCGGCGGGUAUCUGGCGAGCCGUCGCACCGUCCAAUGGGCCGAUUUCGAUAGUUCCAAAAUCGACUCGAUUGUGGCCAAGAUGUUGCGGACCGUGUCACCCAAGUACUUUCCGUACCCGAGUUUGGCGCUCCGCUUCGACAUGUUUUGCUACAAUUCCGACUUGUUUGUCUUUUUGUUUGCGGCCGGCGUGCUUCUCGACAUGGGCAACUGCCUCUAUUUUCUGCGCGUCAUGAAUGUGUACAACUCGGACGCGCCGUCGUUUGGGUACAUGCUACAAACGUAUGCACUCACGAUGCGUUUUCUGUGGAUCAACUGCGCGGUCCUCAAGCUGCUCAAGAUCGUCUGGAACCUUGUUUCGACCGCGUCGUACAAUGGCGAAAGCUCGAUCAUGGGGUACCUCAAUUUUACAAGUGUCACGUCGCUGUAUGCAAGUGCCAUUAUGCUCGCGUACGUCCCGCCGUACAUUGAGUACACCAACAGCGUCAGCCAUGACCUCAACCAGAAGAUUCAGAGCCUCGAUGCUAUCCAUGUCAUCGCGUUUGAGAGCUUUUACCUCCGCGCCGUGCCCGCGGUCACGGUGCUCUUUGCCGUCAACCUCGGCGUUAUCUUGGCGGCCGACCACCUUUUCUACUACAAGUCGUGGCAGCUCCUGGCCAAGAAUUCGCUCGCGCGCCAAGCUCUCUUCAACAGCAGCUCCAUCUUGUGCGACUACCUCAGCGGCAUCGAGCCCGAUCAUGGCGCCGACAGCAAGGGCUCGCUGCUCGUCUGCAAGGCGCGUCGCCUCAGGAAAGAAAAAACGCAUCAAACCUUGGUGCUCUCGUCGGCCACGACGGCCACCGGCUCGGAAGAUUCGACAAGAGUCAACAAGUGCAUGGUGGUGCAAGACGGCGACCGUAACGUGCACUUGCUCGACGCGCAGUUCGCGGAUGUCACGCCCCUCGUGUACAAUAUCAAAAUCCUCAAGGACACGACCGUCGUGCUGCACUAG